UGAUUCGAUUGCGAUUGGAACACGGAAGUAGUUGGUUUGUUUCUCGUUCUCGGUUCCUUUCGUACUGCAUCGUAUGAACUCGUUGACGAGCUUAUUGUGAAAUGUCUAAUUGUUUUUUUCGAACAAGAGUAUGAUAAUGAAUGUCUAAAUUAUGGUGAUAAACCGUUUGGAUCCGGAAUAAGAAAAGUAAAUCCCUAAAUAUGGCCUCGAGGGGAGACAAAGGGAAUGGAAAUGGCGAGGAGCAGAUUGUGGAGACGUUGGCGGAGGUGUUCCGCUGCUUCAUAUGUAUGGAAAAGCUGGUGGACGCGCACCUGUGUCCGCACUGCUCGAAGCUGUGCUGCUAUGCCUGCGUUCGGCGGUGGCUGACGGAGCAGCGCUCGCAGUGCCCUCACUGCCGCGCCUCCUUGCACCUACAUGAGCUGGUCAACUGCCGCUGGGUGGAAGAGGUCACGCAGCAGAUAGAGACCAUGCAACAGACCAACUCUGCCACCCAAAGGGAGAGCUUUAGAGACAGAUGCCCAACACAUCAAGAGAAACUCACAGUAUACUGUUGGACUUGCCGCCGGUGCAUCUGCCACCAGUGCGCGCUGUGGGGCGGCACCCACUCGGGCCACACAUUCAAGCCCCUGGAGGAGGUUUACGAGCAACAUGUGACUCAGAUCCGAGAUGAGGUGUCACAGCUUAGACGGAGGCUCAUGGAGCUGAUUAGUUUGGUGCAGGAUGUGGAGCGCAACGUGGAAUCAGUCCGUGCAGCGAAAGACGAGCGCGUGCGGGAAAUCCGUAACGCUGUGGAACUAAUGAUCUCCCGCCUGGACUCGGCACUCAAGGCCAAGCUCCUGACGCUGAUGGGCCAGAAGAACAGCCUCACACAGGAGACCGAGCAGCUUGAGCAUUUGCUGCAGGAGAUUGAGCAUCAGCUACAUGCUAGCACUAGGUCUGAGUUAAUAGCCAAGAGUAGUGACCUGUCGAAGAUGAUUCACCAAGUGCGCAAGAAACCUAUGGCGAGCUUUGUCACUGCCCCAGUACCCGCGGAUUUCCAUAGCGAGAUCGUCCCGAGUUACGACAGCAGCACCUUCCCGCUGACCAACUUCACUCAACUCCAGCACGCGGCCGCACCCGUAUAUUCUGCCCCUCUCCACGUUAACGGGCUAUGCUGGCGUCUGAAGGUGUACCCGGAUGGCAAUGGUGUUGUACGGGGGAACUACCUGUCUGUGUUCUUGGAGCUCAGCGCCGGUCUACCAGAGACUUCCAAAUACGAGUACCGAGUGGAGAUGCUCCACCAAGUCUCCCGCGACCCGUCCAAGAACAUCGUCCGAGAGUUCGCGUCCGACUUCGAAGUCGGCGAGUGCUGGGGUUACAACCGGUUCUUCCGACUGGACCUACUGGCUAGCGAGGGAUACCUCAACCCGGACACAGAUACCCUUAUACUGAGGUUCCAAGUGCGGCCACCCACAUUCUAUCAGCGUUGCCGCGACCAGCAGUGGUACAUCAACCAGCUCAUCAAUAUGCGCAGCCAGCAUAUCCUACAAAUUAACGAUCUCAAAGAGCGCCUGUCGCUCGAAAUGUCCCGCAACUCAAUGGCGGCCACCCGCGCACCGACAAGCGCUACUCCAGCGUCGCAGGCCUCCGACACUGACAACCCGGCGCAAAAUAAGCCCGUCGACGGCAACGCCGUCAGCGACGCGUUGUUGUUCGCUGGACAAUGGAAAUACUCGCCGCACGCGACUGUCAGUGGCCAGCGGCUCAUGAGCCCAGGAUCCUUGACGCCGGUACUGUUUGAAGAGUCCCGCAACAACGACGUGUCGUCCGCCGGCGUGUGCGGCUACGGCGACUACGGCGACCGCCACCUGCCCGUCAACUUGCCGUCCACUUCCAGGUCGGUGAAUUCCCUCGGCUGCAACGGCGGCGCGGACAGCAUGGCGCUGGUGAGCCUGCACACGCUGCUGAGCGCCGCCGCGCCACCGCGGGCGCCCUCGCGGGUGCCCAGCAAGCUGCCGCGCCAGCACCAGCCCAGCAAGGACGAGCUCGCCACAGUGGCGUCAGUGCCGGUGUCCGAAGCCCCCCACACGGAGGCGGCGCUGUGCGCGUCCAUGUCCUCGCCCGAGCUGCACGCGUGCGCGGGCCCGGAGCCGGCGCCCGAGCCGCGCGAGCCCGCUCCGCCGCUCGCCUCCGAGUCCAGCAGCGACGCGGGGACAGUGCCACACACGGAGGCGGCGCUGUGCGCGUCCAUGUCCUCGCCCGAGCUGCACGCGUGCGCGGGCCCGGAGCCGGCGCCCGAGCCGCGCGAGCCCGCUCCGCCGCUCGCCUCCGAGUCCAGCAGCGACGCGGGGACAGUGCCACACACGGAGGCGGCGCUGUGCGCGUCCAUGUCCUCGCCCGAGCUGCACGCGUGCGCGGGCCCGGAGCCGGCGCCCGAGCCGCGCGAGCCCGCUCCGCCGCUCGCCUCCGAGUCCAGCAGCGACGCGGGGACAGUGCCACACACGGAGGCGGCGCUGUGCGCGUCCAUGUCCUCGCCCGAGCUGCACGCGUGCGCGGGCCCGGAGCCGGCGCCCGAGCCGCGCGAGCCCGCUCCGCCGCUCGCCUCCGAGUCCAGCAGCGACGCGGGGACAGUGCCACACACGGAGGCGGCGCUGUGCGCGUCCAUGUCCUCGCCCGAGCUGCACGCGUGCGCGGGCCCGGAGCCGGCGCCCGAGCCGCGCGAGCCCGCUCCGCCGCUCGCCUCCGAGUCCAGCAGCGACGCGGGGACAGUGCCACACACGGAGGCGGCGCUGUGCGCGUCCAUGUCCUCGCCCGAGCUGCACGCGUGCGCGGGCCCGGAGCCGGCGCCCGAGCCGCGCGAGCCCGCUCCGCCGCUCGCCUCCGAGUCCAGCAGCGACGCGGGGACAGUGCCACACACGGAGGCGGCGCUGUGCGCGUCCAUGUCCUCGCCCGAGCUGCACGCGUGCGCGGGCCCGGAGCCGGCGCCCGAGCCGCGCGAGCCCGCUCCGCCGCUCGCCUCCGAGUCCAGCAGCGACGCGGGGACAGUGCCACACACGGAGGCGGCGCUGUGCGCGUCCAUGUCCUCGCCCGAGCUGCACGCGUGCGCGGGCCCGGAGCCGGCGCCCGAGCCGCGCGAGCCCGCUCCGCCGCUCGCCUCCGAGUCCAGCAGCGACGCGGGGACAGUGCCACACACGGAGGCGGCGCUGUGCGCGUCCAUGUCCUCGCCCGAGCUGCACGCGUGCGCGGGCCCGGAGCCGGCGCCCGAGCCGCGCGAGCCCGCUCCGCCGCUCGCCUCCGAGUCCAGCAGCGACGCGGGGACAGUGCCACACACGGAGGCGGCGCUGUGCGCGUCCAUGUCCUCGCCCGAGCUGCACGCGUGCGCGGGCCCGGAGCCGGCGCCCGAGCCGCGCGAGCCCGCUCCGCCGCUCGCCUCCGAGUCCAGCAGCGACGCGGGGACAGUGCCACACACGGAGGCGGCGCUGUGCGCGUCCAUGUCCUCGCCCGAGCUGCACGCGUGCGCGGGCCCGGAGCCGGCGCCCGAGCCGCGCGAGCCCGCUCCGCCGCUCGCCUCCGAGUCCAGCAGCGACGCGGGGACAGUGCCACACACGGAGGCGGCGCUGUGCGCGUCCAUGUCCUCGCCCGAGCUGCACGCGUGCGCGGGCCCGGAGCCGGCGCCCGAGCCGCGCGAGCCCGCUCCGCCGCUCGCCUCCGAGUCCAGCAGCGACGCGGGGGACCUGAUGUUCAGCGAACUGGAAGUGUUCACGGAUGAAAAUAAUCCAUGUCACGCCGACGACAACUCCAACGAAGAGAACGACGUCGACGAGGAAACUAUGUCGGGUGAGAACGAUAUCGAAGGCGCCUGCGCGCUGCCGACCGCGGCCAGCUCCGACAUCAUCAGCAGACUCCUGUGCGCCGUGCACGGCGUGCCCGAGGCGCGCCAGGACGACCAGGCCACGGACAUGCUGCUCCUCAACCUGAUGCGGAUGAACGGCCUGACCAAGUCUAAACACAGUCCAAAACCAACGUCCGAAUUCACCGACCCCAUCCCCAUCCCCACGUCAGACACGUCGACGAAGCGCAACUGGGCGCACUUGCGCGGCGCCGGUCCCGCGCGGAGCCCGAGCGCGGGGGCGGGCGGCCUCACCGCCGCCGCCACCGCCACCGCCACCGCCGGCGUCACGCGCCGCGCCGCACAGCGCGCGCGCCGCCCGCCGCGCCCCGCCACGUCGCCCUUCCAGCUGCGGCGCGUCGCUGACUCGAGACCGACCUGCGGGGCAGUGGGAUGUUUCCUGAGUCCGCCGGGCACGCCUGAGCGCGCUGAACCCUCGCCCGCGACCAGCGACUACAGCUGGCCGUGCGUCGCGUCUCCCACGGAGAUAGUCACUAACGUCGACUCCAUGCUCGACUACAAUGACACGAUCUUCGACAUCCUCCUAAACAGCCUGUCGAUCUCGUCGCCUUGCGAGGCGCGUCCCGCCACGCCGCCCGUGGCGCCGUGGUGCCCGCCGCCGCCGCACAAGGACGCCGACGCCGAGUGACGGCGCCCGUGCACUCGGCGCACUGACUCUACGUAGAACGGGACGUCUGACAACUGAACAAUUACCUCUUGAUAUCUUCUUAAAUAGUCUGUCGAUCUCGUCGCAGUGCGAGGCGCGGCACGUUACGCCGCCCGUGACGACGGCGUCGUCGCGGCCGCGAGUACCAGCACUGGCUCUAAUGGGACUGAUAAGUCUGCCAAGUGACAACCAUCUCUUUUACACGAUGCACAGAAUAUAAAGAAAUGGGUAGUUCUCGUCGGCUACUAGAUUAUAUGCCCAUGGAUCUAGAUAUAGCGCUGUUUGGUACGUCUGCCAACUGACAAACACCUCUUUUGCACAUAGGUUAGAAAGAGGUUGGUAGGUCUCGCCCGCUUCUUGAUUAUAUGCCUGUGGGCCUAGCUAUAGCGUCGUUUGGCUAGUACGUCUGCCUAUCAAAAGUAUCAAACGAUUCGAUUCGAAAGAGGUGGGUAGGUUUUCUCGCCCGCUAUUUGAGUAUUUUAGCAGUCUAACGGUCUGGCCACGACAUUGGUCUAAGGCGAUCGGCGACGGCGACCGGCGAUAACUCGCAAAAGCAAUAACCCGGCGGCGAAUAAUGCACGCCACGAGUCUUGUCGCCGAGCGGCGACGCACGCGGCGUG